CUCCGCCUCAUCCAAACGGGUAAAGAAAUAGACUCGGCUGAAAGCUCGUUCCUGACGUCUUGUAAAAAGUUACAGCUUUCUGAUAAGUCAGGUGGACUCACGUGUUUAUACCUCAAGAUGACCAGGACUUUGAAGAACAUUUCACAAACUUUCUUACUUUUGGUGAUUGCCGUGGUGAUUUUCUUGUUUAAAUAUAAUGCUGAUUCCAACUUCACCAGGGCCCGUGUACCUCUCCGGCUUCCUAAGCCUAGAAAUAUAAAUCGAAGAAACCUAACAAUCACAAUCAACUCCGAUGAGCUCGUGUCAAAAUGUGAACAAAACAUGAAUGUUACCAAAGUGAAAGACUUCAGCUCUCUUCCUGAUCAUUUAAAAGACUUCCUGUACUAUCAACACUGUCGCUAUUUCCCCAAGCUACUGGAUGUUCCUGACAAAUGUGGAGGAAUGCAUAAUUCUGACGACGUCUUCCUUUUGCUGGUCAUUAAAAGCUCCCCAGAGAACUACGAACGACGAGAGGUGCUGCGUAAAACUUGGGCGAAAGAGAGGUCACACAAUGGUGUGUGGAUACGAAGGAUCUUUAUUUCCGGAACAUCUGGUGAAGGUUUAGAAAAGGAAAAGUUGAAUAAACUACUUGAUUUGGAGCACCAGGAGUUCAAUGACAUCCUUCAGUGGGACUUCAGUGACACAUUUUACAACCUCACUUUGAAGCAGAUGCUCUUCCUACAGUGGCUGGAAAGUAACUGUCCAAAUGUUCGCUUCCUGUUUAAUGGAGACGAUGAUGUGUUUGCACACACUAGCAAUAUUGUUGAUUAUCUCCAAAGCCUCACAGAAAAUGAUGGAAGCCAGCACCUUUUCACUGGCUUUUUGUUCACAAAUGAGAAGGUUGUUAGGUGGCCUCCAAGUAAAUAUUAUAUUCCAACACAAAUACAGAAGGAAAACCAGUACCUCCCUUACUGUGGGGGUGGGGGCUACAUACUGUCUGGCUACACAGCACUGGUUAUAUACAAAAUGUCUCAGGACAUACCCCUUCAUCCCAUUGAUGAUGCUUACAUGGGGAUGUGUCUGGCCAAAGCAGGACUUUCACCUUCUUCCCAUAUUGGUGUGAAGACACUGGGACUAAAUCUACAUUCCAAAGAACAAGAUGAUCAUGAACAUUGCUUUCUGAGGCAGCUACUACUUGUGCACAAAUACCUUCCACCUCAGAUUUAUGCACUGUGGAAACAAGUGCAUGAUCGACAUCUGAAAUGUCCUUCCACAAUGAUACUGAAAUAAUGGCGUCGAACAACCAGUAAGUAAAAGCUUGAGAAACUAGAGCUAGGAGUUUUCUAUGAGUUAUGUAUCAUAGCACACAAUGGGUGUUUUUUUAUGUUUUUUUAAGUUACUUUUUUUUCUUCUGUGAAUUAGUUUCUAAAAACAUUGUUGGGUGUUGCAAGAAAUUCCAGUCAUAUCUAUAAUCUAAAUCAAAAUUUUAAAGUUAAGACACAUGUGAGGUUGAUCAAAACAGAACCUUGGAGAGAACUAUUAUGAUAUUCACAGCUUCAGAAUAACAACAAUACAAAAUAAUCAGGAUUUUUUUUUAAAUUGUGUUAAAUCCUUUUCUGCCAUACAUGUUUAGAGUUUAACCCAUAAGAACCCGACGUGACAUAUUUGUCACAUACAGUUUCUGAGACAUUUUGCUUCAAUUUAUGGUAUAAACUUAGUUUAAAAUCCGGUUGAACACAAUCUGAUACUUGUCUUCUG